AUGAGUGGUCUAUCAUCUGGUUCAUAUUAUCCAAUGAAAGAAAUUGAUGCAGAAACGGCAAGUUUUGUCUGUCUUCCAAUCACUUCCAAUAAAAGUGGAAUGAAAUUACUUGCUAGCAAUGAUCUUUAUCUUCGAUAUUUAACUGAGUAUGGAUCCAUUCCUGGCUGGGUUAAUUACGGUAUUUUUUAUGUCUUAUGGGUAAUUAUUCGGUUUCAAUAUGAAGAACUACAUAUAAACGAUGGGGCUAUUGGUGAAAUAGGAGUGCAUGCAGGUAAACUGACCUCUUAUUUGUACUUAUUGCGUCAUCUAAAUAAGAAGCAAAAGCUGUUUGCAAUUGAUGUUUUUGGGAAAAAGGAACUUAAUAUUGACAAAUCUGGUGAUGGAGACCGGAAAGUUUUUCUCUCCUACAUUCAACGAUAUGCAAAUGUUACUGCCGACGAAGUCAAUAUUUACGAAGGUAGCUCGCUUGAUCUAAAUUCAGAUUUCUCAAAAAAUCUGGAAGCGCAACGAUGGUGGCAGACCACGAUCAAGCGAGAUAGAGGAUGCCAAUUAGUAUCAAUAGAUGGUGGCCAUACAACUUUGACCACUUAUUCAGAUAUGUGUGUAAUAUCUAAUUCUUUAGUCGAUGGAGGAGUCGUCAUGGUAGAUGAUAUUGAUAAUCCAGGAUGGCUAGGAGUGCGGGAUGGCGUAAGUAAGUUCUUAUGUGAAACAUCGAAUUAUUUCAACAUUAGGGAAAACCUGGAUUUAACCGAGGCUGCUACGAAGAAUGUCUAUGAGCCUGACUUUAAUUAUUCAUGUCGUAUUGUAAAAGCAACCAUGAAAACCAUGAAAUUUGGAUGUAAUUGUUAUCGGUUGGCGCCUUUUCUGAAGUAUGAUAAUAAACUGUUUCUAACAACUCCAAAUUAUUAUGCUCAUUAUGUGCAUUUGCUAAAAAAGAUUAACGAAAACGGAACAAACUUAAUAGCUUUCAAUAAGUUACGAUACACAGUUGGCAAUAUACCAGUUUGGGCAGACAGUGAGCUCAAGAAAGUGGAUAUUUUUGAUAAACUGGUAAAACCUACUUGGUUAUCAGAGAUAGCGCAUGCAACGACUCAUUCUUGA